AUGCAGAACCUUCUCGGAGAGCGAGCAGUGACGUUCGAUGCAAGCUUCCUGAAGCAGCUGUUCCUACAACGACUCCCACCAACGGUCCAGAUGAUCCUUACGUCCGCUUCGACACUCUCGCUUCCGGAAUUGGCACUCCUGGCCGACAAAGUAAUGGAGGUUGCCCCCCAUUCCAUCUCUGCAAUUCCACCUGCGGCAAUCACAAAUCCUCCCAUCCGUCCACACCCUCAGGCCUGUCCACCCACUGCUCUGCCGCCCGCAGACCCCAUUGUCCAGCUCCGCGAGGAUUUCGAGCGCCUAUCUGCUAUGGUGGCGUCCGCUGUUGCGCCGCACAGCCCUCGACCGCGCCAUCGCAGUCCACGACGUUUCGGCUCCCGUUCAUCCAGCCGCAGGCGUUCACCUCGACGUACUGCCGACGACCCGCCUAUCGGCCCGUGCUGGUACCACCAGCGCUUUGGUACCGAAGCCCGCUGCUGCACGAGGCCCUGUACCUGGUCGGGAAACGCGACCGGAGACCGGUAA